AUGUCUUCGACGACACAGAGCGUGCAAUGCUUCGGCAAGAAGAAGACGGCCACCGCCGUCGCCCACUGCAAGGCUGGCCGUGGUCUGGUUAAGGUCAACGGUCGUCCCCUCAGCCUGGUUCAGCCCGAGAUCUUGCGUUUCAAGGUCUACGAGCCCCUCCUCGUUGUCGGCCUUGACAAGUUCGCCAACGUCGACAUCCGCGUCCGCGUCACUGGCGGUGGUCACACCUCCCAGGUCUACGCUAUCCGCCAGGCCAUUGCCAAGUCUCUGAUCGCCUAUUACCAGAAGUACGUCGACGAGCACUCCAAGAACAUGCUCAAGCAGGCCCUCGUCCAGUUCGACCGCACCCUGCUUGUCGCCGACAACCGCCGCUGCGAGCCCAAGAAGUUCGGUGGUCCCGGUGCCAGAGCCCGCUUCCAGAAGUCUUACCGAUAA